AUGGCCCUCAUGAAUGUCGACCAAGUGCCCCCCACCAAGCCCGCGGCGAACAGCCCGGACGUGGUCGUGACUCCCUGCAAUCCCUGGAAGGCACCAUACUACCUGGAUGGAGGCUUCCGUCGCAUUAAGCCUUACCACUACACCUAUAACACCAACUGCAAGGAGCGAUGGCGUGGUCGUACCUUGGUCGAGAUCUUCACAUCCGAGUUUCGCGAUCGGAAGCCGGAGUAUUAUAGAUCCGCUCUUGAAAACGGCCUCGUCACCGUCAAUGGUGUCAGAGCCUACCCCGACACUGUCAUCAAAAACGGCCAAGUCAUCUCCCACACCACCCACCGCCACGAACCCCCUGUCACAAGCCUCCCCAUCGGAAUCAUCUACGAAGAUGAAGGUCUCAUUGUUAUCGACAAGCCUGCUGGUGUGCCCGUUCAUGCGGCAGGUCGAUACAACUUCAACUCGGUUGUAGAAAUUCUGCGCUCAGAUCGCGAUCCCAAUUUCGUGCCUCGCCCGUGCAACCGCCUCGACCGAUUGACCUCCGGAAUCAUGUUCAUCGGAAAAGAUCCUCAAGCGGCAGAGAAGAUGGCCACCGCUCUCAAAUCGCGCACAGUACAGAAGGAGUAUGUAGCGCGCGUCAAGGGUAAGUUCCCAGACGGGGUGGUAGUUUGCGACCAGCCCAUUAUGCAAGUAAGCCCAAAGCUUGGUCUGAACCGCGUUCGUGCCACCGGCAAGGAAGCCACAACCAAAUUCCGCCGUCUGGCCUACUACCCCCCGGACGCAGGCUCGGGAUCUAGCACCCCGGACGGCGAGCGUGCCGCUACACCCCCUUCGACAUCCCUUUUGUGCGAGACAGAAGGAUACAGUAUUGUGCACUGCUUCCCUCUCACCGGGCGCACUCACCAAAUUCGAGUCCACCUCCAGUUCCUGGGUCACCCAAUCUCAAACGACCCCAUCUACUCUAAUCGACGUGUCUUCGGGCCGGGACUCGGCAAAGCCGAAACAACCGCCGAACGUGACGAGGAAAUUGUUGCCCGGUUAUCUCUCAUGGGAAAGACAGAAAUCGCAGAUACAGUCUCGUACCGCACACAUUUGACUGCCGCGCCCAACGUACCCCCAGGUACCGACCCAGUCCUCGUCAACGAGAUCAUGUACCGCGAACAAGUCGCCGCGUCAGAAGACUACGCCAAGCGCAAGGGCGAGAAAUUGUCCGGUGAUCUCUGCGACGUCUGCGGUACGGAAUUGUACUCGGACCCCGGUGCUCACGAACUCGGUAUCUUCUUGCACGCUGUUGCCUACGCUGAUAAAGACGGUGACUGGGGAUACCGUAGUCCGAUGCCUCACUGGGGUAUGCCUCCGCAUGGCUGUGAGGGACCCGUCGGAGUGCCGGACUGGGUUCCUGCUGCUGAGGGCGAGGAAGUCGUCAUUGGGCACGGCACCAUUCCUGAUGGACUGGGUGAUGAGGAUCAUGCUGCCGAUGCUAAUACUGGAUCUGUCAUCCUCGAGGGCGUUGGCCUCGUUAAUAUUGCUGAAGCGGCACGUCUUCAGCAGCAGGCAACAGAAGCUGCUACGGCUUAA